CCACGCCAUCAGCCUCAUGUCGGCAUCUCAAAAGACUCCCCUCCCCACCUUGUGUCCUUGUCCUGUUCCAGUACCAGUACCAGUACCAGUACCAGUUCGGCACAACCCCCGGCCGACCAGGCCAGGCCAAGUUCUGUCUGACAUGUGAAAGGCGAGCCCCGAGCCCCUCUCCCUUCGGAAGUCCGAGAUUUUGGUGUGUUCACGGACCCUUUUUCUUUCACAUGUCAGAGAAAAACUUUAAUCCACCCCCUUCCCCAACAAAACGCCUUGACACACAUCAACCCGCGCAUCUGGGUCGUCCCGUCUGCGGGACGAUGCGAGGGUUGGGCCAUGCAUCGUGCAUGCAUGGUACCUGGGAACAAGUAUGGGGGAGGGGUAGCUUUUUGUUUUUUUGGAGGGGGUUCGAUGACGACGGAGGUUGGGUGAGGCCGAGGCGCUAAACCUCUUUUUCUUUUGCUUUCCUUUCCGCAAGCACUUGCUUUCCUCCAUUCUCCCCU